ACUUGUUUACGUGUUGACAUAACUAUAACCUUUCAUGUAACCUUCAAUAUCUUUCAUUAUAGAAAAAUAUUGUUUCCUAAAACUUAUGCACUUCGUCUUAAACAUUUUAUCUAUGUCAAAGAUAUUUUGUCAAAAAAUUAACCAUUUUUUGAGACAGAUUCACGAAAUUUAGAUAGCAGGAACUAUAUAAUGAGUAAAUUUACAACUCAUAUUUGUGUAAUUGGUAUUUGCAAAAGUUAGACUGACAAAAUGAACAAAUUUCUGGUUAACUUCGGUUUGUUUGUUCUUGCUGCAAGCUGUGUAGUUUGCGCUCCAAACGAUGGUGGAAGAACUAAAGGAGUGAUCGAGGAAGCAGAUAUUCAAAUCGGUGAAUUGGUCAAACCAUACAUUGGCGAACGUAGAGUGGUAUCGAAAGCACUGCAAAAGUAUCUUAAAGAAUCCGAUUAUCAAGUAAUAAAAGACCUUACUCGUGAAUUCGACAGACACAAGGACAAAUGCGCAGAUAUUGAAAAGAAAAUGAAUGCUACCAUCGAGGACCUCGCCAACUGCAUUGAAGAUAUUACCAUUGGAUCAAGUACCGUGUGCGCUACUGCCCAACGUACAAUUGAAAAAUGCGCCAAGCCAGUCAUUGAAUUAGUUAGCGGUUGUUUGCCAGAAGAAUCCAAAGAACUUCCCGCCUUAGCUGAGGGAAUUGUUCUUGCUGUUUUGAAACAAGCUUGUGCUUCUACAGUAGAAGAAGUAUUAGAAUUAUUUAAUCCAUGCCAAUGGAAAGCUUUCGGAAGCAUUGAAAAAGUAGAUUCCUGCAAAGCCGUCGCCACUGAAGUUGACAGUUGGGAUAACAAAAAACCCGUUCCCACAACUGAAAAUAUUUGCACAGUUUUGCCCAAACUCAAGAAAUGUUCCUCUGACUUCCACGGACAGUACUGCAAGAGCCCAGUCACCCUUAGCUCUUUCGCCAAAUUCCACAAAGCCGUUGAAACCGAAACUGAAAAAAUUUGCCACAAUCCUGUCAAAAACGAAGUCGCUUAAUUUAUGAAUGUUACUUUUUGUUAAAUAAAUUUUAUACUCAUCUUUUUA